AUGCUGGGAUCUGGUAUUGCGGAUCACGUCACAGGGCUCACAUACGUGUUGCUCGCUACUUUUUCUGCUUGGUAUUUGAUAUCGUAUUUGACCUCCCCUCUACGCCGGUUUCCAGGACCAUUUCUCGCCAGAUGGACGAAUUUGUGGCGGAUGUUUCAGGUGCGACAGGGAAAAUAUCACCUAGUGAUCCAAGACCUGCACAAAAAGUACGGCCCAGUGACGGAAUUCUAUCAUGGUAGUAGUGCCAAAAACGAUGGAAAAAUCAUCUAUAAUCUCUUCAGCGAAUGUACUCCGGAGAUCCAUGCUCAGCAGAAGCGGCCUAUCUCCAUGCAUUAUUCCCUUAAGGGAAUAUUAUCGCUGGAGUCCCAUAUCGAUGUGAUGAUUGAGUAUUUCUGUCAACGAUUGGAGGAAAACUUUAUCGAUGCACCAAACCACACCCAAAUAUGUGACAUUGGAGAAUGGAUUGCAUUUUAUACCUGGGACGUUGUUGGCCAGGUUCUAUUCAGUCAGCCUAUAGGAUACCUGGAAAAGGGCUGCGAUUUCAAUCACGCCUUGCGGACUGCAGAUAUUUCGAUGGACUACUUUUCAUUGGUAGGCCAAAUGCCAAUCCUCGACCACCUCCUUGACAAAAAUCCCAUUUACCGGCUUGGGCCGCCCUCUUUCGGCCCUAUCACGAACAUCUCGAUCCAGCAUCUCAUAGAUCGGCUUCAGAACAACAACACCGAAAACUAUGACCCUAAGAAGCCUGACUUCCUUGACAAAUUCAUCGAAACGAAAGAAAAAUAUCCAGAGGUGGUCGACGAUACGCAAAUUGUUUCUUACCUCAUGUUCAACCUCAUUGCAGGAGCCGACACAACAGGCAUCACGCUCAUCGCAGCACUCUACUUCUCGCUGAAGCACCCACAUGUCUGGGAGCGCCUAAGAUCCGAGAUCUCAACAGAAACUUCUCAGGGGACACCAACGGCAGUGUCCUACAAAGACGCAAGAGAAUACCCAUAUUUGAAUGCCAUUGUUCGGGAAGCAAUGAGAUGUCAUCCUGCUGUUGCAAUGCUUCUGGAGCGAUAUGUACCCAAAGGAGGCCUUGAUCUUCCCAACGGACACCAUAUCCCGGCUGGCAGUGUGGUGGGAUUGAACCCUUACGUCGUCGCGCGCAAUAAGUCUGUCUGGGGCGAAGAUGCCGACGUGUUUCGGCCGGAGCGUUGGCUACGCGAUGAGAAACUGGAAACCGAGGAAGAAUUCGAGCAACGCCUUCGUCUGAUGAAUAAUGCUGACUUGUCAUUUGGCGGCGGAAGUCGUAUCUGUAUCGGUAAACAUCUGGGUCUUCUUGAGGUGUACAAAGUUAUUGCAACUCUUGUGUCCCGGUAUAAUAUUGAUUUGGUUGAUCCGAAGGAAGAGUGGAAAACACAAAACAGCUUUUUCGUUCGACAGAGUGGUAUCAAAGUGAGAUUAUCCCGUCGUCAAUGA